GCAAAAGCAAAAUGGUAGUAUCCAAUGAAUUAUGGCUCAAAUGACCAAACACCCACAUAGUUUCCUUGUACUAAUCUAAGAGGUGGCGGACCCUAUUUUUGGUUAAAAAAAAAAUGGUAGUAAAUGUAAAAAUAAGGAGAAAAGAGGGGAAUUUGUAAUUUUGCCAUUUAUAUCUUCCCAUCGGAAAAUACAUAGAAUACAAGCAAGUACAGCGUGGCUUCCAGCUACCCUUUCUUCUCCUUCUCUUCAGUUCAGACUUCAGAGAGCUGCCUCCUGAAACCCUAGCUUCUCCACCACCGCUGCAAGGACUGCCACCGUCCGUCGAGCUCAGGCACCACCUUCCUCGUCUGGUCAUCCGCCCUUCUUCAUUCAACAAUCGCACCCCCUUCCUCGAGCUCGGCAUCAGUCCCUGGUCUUCGUCUGCUCCGUCGCGCUCAAGCACCACCAUCUUCGUCUGGUCGUGGUGCUUGAAGUUUCCAACCCACCAAUAGCAACAUCUUCCUCGAGCUCGGUGCGUUGGAGUCUGCUUUUCGUUUGUCAGCCGCAGCUUCUUCCAAUCCACCACCGUCGUGCUCGUCGCCUGCCCUCGGUCUUCGGUGCGCUUCUGCCCCUAUGCUCAGACUGCUCAGAAGUCAGAACGAAGAACCUCGGAUACAACUCGAAACAAUUAAAAUUUUAAUGGCCAAUAUGAUGCUCGAAACAAAUUUCGGGGUCAAGUUGAGUAUUACUUCACUGCUACUAUUUUCUGAAUCCGUUGGUACUUGGUACUGGUAACUGUAGUACAGGGCUUAAGUUGUGUGGCACUGUACAGAGUUGAUGCUUCGGGAAACUGUGCUGCUCCAGACGGCGACGACGUUCAGAGACGUAACCUGCAUUCGGCAUCGUUGACUUGCACCACCGCACAUGCUAUCAUUGGCCUGUUUCUCUCUCUUGUCUUGAAAUUGGUUCCUGUUGAUGACUUCCCAUGGCGGCUAUGGAGCUCAAGCACUGCCUCCUCCAUGGCCUCAACUCCUUCAACCACCUCAGGACCGCCCACUGCCGCCUCCUCCGCCUCUACAUCGACCACGAUAACUACCUUCUCAACAUCAUCCUCCAGUAUUCAUUUUUCUUUCGCAACGCGCCCUACGCCAAACGCGUCUUCUCCCAAUCCAAGAACCCUAACGUAUACCUCUUUAACACUAUGAUCCGUGGAACGGUCUCCAACGACUCCUUUGACGACGCCGUUCUGUUUUACAACUCAAUGCGCAGCGCCGGGUUCUUGCCAGACAACUACACGUUCACUUUUGUACUCAAAGCGUGUGCCAGGCUUGCGGAUUUUCCGUUUGGCGUCAAGCUCCAUUCGCUUGUUGUGAAAAUGGGAUUCGAUUGUGACGUGUUUGUCAAGACAAGUCUUGUUUGUUUGUAUUCGAAAUGUGGGUACUUAAAGGAUGCACGGAAGGUGUUUGAUGAUAUUCCUGAGAAGAAUGUUGUUUCGUGGACCGCUAUUAUCUGUGGGUAUAUUGGGUGUGGCCUUCACAAGGAAGCAGUUGGUUUGUUUAGAGAGUUGUUAGAGGUGGGCGUCAAGCCGGAUAAUUUCACUCUCGUUCGGGUUUUGUAUUCUUGUUCUCAGUUAGGGGACUUGGCCAGUGGAGAGUGGAUUGAUAAGUAUAUAACUGAGAGUGGUUUCCAUAGGAAUGUGUUUGUGUUGACUUCUUUGGUUGACAUGUAUGCCAAGUGCGGGAGCAUGGAGAAGGCGCGGCAGGUUUUUGAUGGAAUGGUUGAGAGGGAUAUUGUUUGUUGGAGUGCCAUGAUUCAGGGCUAUGCAUCCAACGGGCUUCCUAAGGAAGCACUUGACUUGUUCUUUGAGAUGCAGAGGGAGAAUCUGAGGCCUGAUUGCUAUGCCAUGGUGGGAGUUCUUUCUGCAUGUGCGAGGUUGGGAGCACUGGAGUUGGGGAAUUGGGCUAAGGGAUUGUUGGAUGCUGAUGAGUUUUUGUCGAAUCCUGUACUAGGCACUGCCUUGAUUGACUUUUAUGCUAAAUGUGGAAGCAUUGCACAAGCGGUGGAUAUUUUCAGAAUGAUGAAGGGAAAGGAUCAUGUGGUGUUCAACGCCAUAAUUUCUGGACUGGCUAUGAACGGACAUGUUCGGGCCACAUUUGGGGUAUUUGGACAAAUGGAGAAGUAUGGAAUUCAGCCAGAUGGGAAUACUUUUGUUGGCUUACUUUGCGGGUGUGUCCAUGCUGGUUUGGUUAAUGAUGGUCGACGAUAUUUCGAUAGCAUGAGUCAUGUCUUUUCUUUAUGUCCUACUAUCGAGCAUUAUGGAUGCAUGGUGGAUCUUCUAUCCCGUGCAGGCUUGUUGGUCGAAGCACAUAAUUUGAUCAAGAGUAUGCCAAUGAAACCGAAUACUAUUGUUUUGGGGGCAUUAUUGGGAGGAUGCAGGUUGCAUCGUGAUACUAAAUUGGCAGAACCCGUGUUAAAGCAGCUGAUUGAGUUAGAACCAUGGAAUUCAGGACAUUAUGUUCUCUUAUCAAAUAUAUAUUCAGCAAGUCGUAGAUGGGAUGAAGCAGAAAAAGUUAGGUUAACGCUGAACGAGAAAGGAAUGCAAAAAUUACCUGGGUGUAGUUGGGUUGAAGUGGAUGGGGUUGUUCAUGAAUUCCUUGUAGGAGAUACUUCCCACCCUAUGUCACAGAAGAUAUAUGAGAAACUUGAAAGUUUGUUUAAGGAAUUGAGAGAAGUCGGUUAUAGUCCGACUACUGAGUUUGUGCUCUUUGAUAUAGAGGAAGAGGAGAAGGAGUACUUCCUUGGCUGUCAUAGUGAGAAAUUAGCCAUUGCAUUUGCCCUGAUCAAUACUGGGGCAAAUGACAUCAUUCGUGUUGUUAAAAAUCUACGCGUAUGUGGUGAUUGUCAUGAGGCCAUAAAACUCAUUUCCAAAGUUACAGGGAGAGAGAUAAUCAUUAGGGAUAAUAACAGAUUCCAUUGUUUCAGAGAAGGUUCAUGUUCUUGUGGAGAUUAUUGGUAACAUUUUGUGAUG